UGCAAUGAUUUCAAUUAUAUUUUAAAUCAGCAAAAAUAUAUCUUAACAUAGUUUCAAUAGUAAGUUACCAUUUAAACAUAAAUAAGGUUUUUCAAAAUCUGAUAAAAUUUUGCGGGCACCUGUUAUUCAGUGCGGACCUAAACAUAUUUGCCACAACAUGGCAACAAUGGCAACAACCCAUGGUUUGUCGGUUUUGACAAACUCUAGCGUAAAACCUCCCAGAAAUCCUAAAACUGGGUUGUCAGCAUCAUUGCAUGAAAGACCCGGCCCAACUCUUGGGCGAUUUUCAGGGAUAUAUUUCGACGAUUAUGACCAAGAGAGCCAGGCUGAAAAAGAAAUCUUUGAACCCAGGUUUACAUCAAGGCCAAGUUCAGUGAAUGCACCAGAUCUUUUGCAGUUAGGUAAACUCUCAGACGAGGAGUUCUAUCAAAAACUAUUAGAAUUAAAAAAUGAACAGAGAAAAAUAUUGCAAAAGUGUGAAAAAGUUUACAUUGAAAAACACCAGGGUCUGAUAGCCCCAACGUUUCCAGAAGAUGAUGUGCAAUUUGAGACAUCAAAAAGAACAACAAAAUCUUAUGAUGAAACAUAUAGGUCAGAAACUUUUGUUGAUGAGGAUGGUGUUCUUGUAUCUACAAGGAGACAAAGAUCUUGGUCUCCUGCUAGAUCUGCUUCACCAAUGGAAGACAGUGGAGGAUUUAGUCCACCAAGAGCUGAGUCACCAUACAGGGACAGUGUUAGAGAUUCUCUAAGCAAACCACCAACAGGAAGACCUCAUAUGUCACUUACAGCAAAAUCUAUUGCAUCUCCCCCGUCACGUCCUAGAUCUGCACCGAUUCCACGAGAUAUUGCAAGAUCACUAGAAGAUCUCCGCUCUGCAACACUUGGCCUAAAGAAAUCAUUUGAAGAGUGUGAGGGAGAUUAUAUUCCAGAUGAUACAGUUUCAGAACCUUACAGAGAGCAAGAUAGAUCAUUAUCAAGAAUUGAACACAUGUGGCAAAAUUUUUCUAUUAAUGAUUACACACCAAGGAGAUCAUUGCAAGACAGAACCAUUAAACGGCCAUCAUCAGCAAAAAUAACUCGUGAAGAGAAGAAACAGAAAGACAACUGGCGUCAUAGGCUCACAAUACCUAAACCAUUUACAAUGACAUUAAGGGAUGAAAGGAAAGAAAAGAGGAAAUCCAAAAAUUUGCAAGAGUUUGAAGAGCUAAAAUAUCAAAAAGAAAUUGAAGAAGAAGAAGAACUCAAAAAGAAAUUCAAAGCACGACCUGUACCAGCACAUGUUUAUUUACCACUGUAUGAUGAAAUUAAAGAGAAGAAUGAGGAAAAGCGUCGUCAUGUAAAAGAAUUGAGUGCUGAAUUAUUGAAAUCUCAAGAAAAGCCUUUUAGCUUUCUGAAACGAGAAGAUGACAGAAAGCAUCAUCAAUUAAUGGAGAGAGAUUGUAAUGAAUUAGGCAAAACUGAAACAAGAAUUCAAAAGAAGCCAGAUGCUUUCAAAGCAAAUCCAGUGCCAAAGCAUAUUUUUGAUUCAGUAGUAGAUGAUAAAAUAAUGGAAGAAGAAGAAUAUAGAAAAAUUAGAAUUAAGAUGAGGGCAGAAGAAAUGUUACGAUCUGCAUCUUUACCACCAAAUAUGAAUGCAAGAGAACAAAUUAAGGAGCAAAAAGAAAGAGAGCAAAAAAUGAAAAACAAAAGGAAAGGUAGGGGAAUGAAAACUGCAACUCGCCUUAGAAUCAACCAUGAAGUCCCAAAUUAUGAUGCUUUAUAUCGCCAAUUUCAGCAAGAAUUAAAUCGUAGGAAAGGAAUGAAAGAAUCAACUGUAGCUGAACCAUUUAGACUUGAAACGGGGAGAACUAGCAAAUCUACAAUAGAGAGAAUAAAAAAAGAAAUUGAAAAGGAAGAAGAAACAAUGAGAGAAAAUAGAUGGCCAUACAAGCUUCCAAGAACGAAAGUUAAACUUGGUCACAUGUCGUCAUCCCUAGAUGCAUUACCAACAAAGUCAACAAGGUCUGCAGAUGCAAGAACAAGGAAAACUAGGGGUCAGUUUCAGAAGCUAUCACAGAAAGAGCUGAAGGAGAUAGAAGAAGACAGACAUCGCCGUGUUAAGGAAAUGAGAUUGAGACGAGAAAUCCAAGAGAAAACUAUAGCACAUGAAACACCAAGAGAAAAUCCAGAAGAAAAAAAGAAAAAGUUUAGAGAAGCAGAAAGAGCAAGAAUGGAGGAGUAUGAAAGAGAAAUGAAGGAGAUGAAGAACAGAAUUAACAGGAGACCAUUAUUGUUUGAACAGGAAUCUCAGGUAAAUGCUAAAAAAAAGGCAGAGAAGAAAUUUAAUGCCACUUUGAGAAGUGUUGGCCUUGAUGAAGAAUUUGUUCAGAGUCGAGGCUCUAGGUCAGCAAGCGUUCAUGAUUACACUGAUGAUUAUGAUGAUGAUGAUUUUGAGGACACUGCAGUUAAGCGUCAAGAUGACACCUAUACAAAACGACGCACAUCUGAUGGUUCUCUCUCACCUGUUGAAAGUUGAAAAGACUUCAGUUGUAUUUGGUACUAGUUCAGUUGCUGGCAUUUCAUAGUAUUUUAAGUGUACAUGUUUAAGAGAACAACACAUCGAGUCGCAUAUGUUUCUUUAAAGUAGAAGACAUAGACAUUUUACUUCCUUAAUUGUUAUUUAUAAACUAGAGUCAUUCAAAUCUGUGAAAAAAAUGUUUAUAUUUUGUGGUUUUUAAGUUCUGUUACGAAAUUGUUGUAACAAUUUACACAUUUUACCCAUUUUGAUUUGAGGGUAUUUGAGUCUUAUUCAUAUGUGGAAUGAACAUCCAUAAAGUGAUAUAUCUAACUCAAGUUUUACAUAUGGCAGCAGUCCCUUCAUAUAUUAUAGUGAAAAUGUUGUUCUACAGAAUAUAAGGGUACAUAUGAUUAUUGCAUUUUUCUGUCAGUGAGACAUAUUGUUUACUAGAACAAUUACAGCAGAGUACUUCAUGUUUUGUCAUUCGCAAUUGUUUAUUUUUGUACAUUAAAAUUGACAUGUUUUAUCAUAAUUUGCAUUGAAUUAGGUUCUGAAAGCUGAAAAUGAACAAAAAAGUUAUGAGUUAGUAAUUUAUUUGAUAUAUAGGUGUUAAGCAUGAUCAUUAUAGGGUUAUUUAUUUUUUUUACUGUAAUGUUUUUUAUAAGUAGUAAGCAUUUCUUUUUAUCAAAUAUUACCAAUGAAAUAUGUCUUUGAAACAAAACAAGUUAAUUCUGCCAGUGUCAAGUAGCAUUCAAUCAUUUUAUAUAAUAUGUAAUUCAAACCAGCUUUCAACAUCACUGAUGAUUAUUAUUUAUGGAUUAAAAUUAGUUUUUCCACUAAUUUGAAAUAUUGUAAUGUGUGCUGAUAGGAAACUAUAUGGUAAGGUUAAGUCAUGUUUUAGCCCAUAGAUUGAUAGUCCAGUAGUGCCAAUGAUUUAUUUUAAACUUGUUUAUAUCCGAUAUUUAAUGAAGUCAUUGUAGUGAAGACCUAUAUACAUGUAUGUACAGCUUGCUGCUUUACCUCAACUUUCUGUCCUUAGAAUGCCCUUCACCACAAGGCCUUGGUGCAUGAUGUCAUUAUGUUUAUGUUAUUUAUUGCUGAUCAUGCAAUUUUCCAAUGAUAGUUUCAUUUUGUAUAAAUGUUAUAACAAGGCAAACAUAAUUGUAUAUACCUUCAUCUUAUAUUAUUAUUCUGUUUGAUAUUUUAUCUAUGAAUAAACUGUAGUGAUUGCUUAUCAGAUCUUUAAUUUCAUACUUUCAUUACUAGUAACACAGUCCUCAUGUUUCUGUAUAAAAACUACAGCAGUGCCUGAUUGAACUUUUUAGUUUCUUUAGCAAAGUAAACUUAGUAACACAGAGUAAACAGUUUUACUAGUGUAUAACAUUUUAAAAUAUUUCGUACUAAUAAUCAAGAAUCUUUUAUUGAUAUAUGUUAUGUUACCUGGGUUAACCCAUUUCUCUACUUACUUUGUAAUUUAACACAAUUAUCUAUAGUAAAUUUA